AUGGACAGCGCUAAAGGACGAGGUGUGGUAUACAUAGAUGGAGAGUUGAUGGUUCCAGUUGCUGGCAAUGUCUCUGACAUGGGACUCUACGUGCUUCCUGUCUAUGCUCUCCAACAAUUACCAAAAGUGGUAGCCAUACGAACGUUUCCAUCCCAAGUGAAGGACGGGGAAGAGAUAAAAAGUUUUUUCUACGCAACAUCAACCAGCGGUCAGAUCAUAAGCGAUCAAGAUUUUUGGCUCUGCGAAGCCUUUAACAAUAUUUCGGACAGCAACUGGUUCGCUGUUGACUUCAACGAUGCAGGAUGGAGUAGAGCCGUCAUCUUCACCGUGAACAACUACAAGCACGGCGUCAACACGUACGAUGACGACAUAGGCUGUGUAGAUCAGAGUAGUGACAAGCACUGCCUAUGCAGAUGGACUUCUGCCAUAGAAAAUAUGGAUGAAAGUUUGUAG